AUGGAGCUCCAAGAUAUGAUGCAAGCCUUCACGGAGUCCAUGCAGGCCGCAAAGACCGACAGUGAAGCACGAAAGGCCCGAAGGCGAGGGCAGCUGAAGCCUCCAGCCGCAGAUCGCGUGGCUCAACGCAGCACCAGAGAGGAUGCCGCGAAGGAGGGCCGCAAGCCACGAAAAAGGAGGCUUCGGCUCGUGGCAUCUCCUGACAGUCGCGGUGAUGUUGCCUUGGAAGAGAAAUCGGGACUGGGUUCCAUGGGUUCCUCAUGUGCAUCGCCAAGCGUAUCAAAAUGCAGAGCAAAGCCACGCGCUUCCUUCGAUACGGUUCCGGUUUUGGCAGAGAAGAUCACUUCCAAGAAGCCCAAGUCAGAGUCUGCCGACCGUGCUGCAAGUGAAGAGUCUGCCGACCAUGCUGCAAGUGAAGCGAGUGGUGGCCAGAGCAGACGAAGCCUGGGCAGCGCUGAGAGGGACGUGGACAUUCAGAAGGAGGAGCCAACAGCAGAUGACCCUGACUGUCCCAGCAGGGGCAGAAUGGGCAGCUCCAUGCCCGACGAGGCCGACCAAGUUCACAGACCAUGUGCAGGGAAUGAACUGCAGAGACAUCCUGAGCAUCCGAAGAGUCGGCAGGAUGAGUCCGAGAAAUAUGCCGGCCAAAGCUUGCAAGACGUGUGCCAGGUGACAGACAGGCGGGAGUUCAGCACCGCGCAAAGCAUGCUAGCAGGGCGAAUGUGGCAGACAUUCGCGCAACAGUUGCACUACUUGAGCACGCUCAGUGUCAGUGUCAGCAGCUCGCUCGCACAUCCCUUGGCCUGGCUUGCCGAGUCAUUGUCUUCCGGCGGGGGCGACCACUCUAAACCUAUUGCCAGCAAGUUGAUGGCUGCCGCUGCUUUCCUCGAGUUGGGUGUAGCCAUACAGCUGGAAGGCCAACGCUCCGUGGGCGACUCCGCAUCUGAUUUUGUCAAGGUUUCACUUUUGGUCCGCGCCAUGCUGGACCAAGUGAAGCAGUUGGACGUCAGCCAUGGUCAAGACACGGUAGCGCAGCUGGAACACGUGCCUUCCAAGCAGCUGUUGAUCACCAUCUCUCACCUUUUGGAUUAUGCCCGGGCCAGCGGCAGUACGGCAAUUGGAACACUGCUGGUUGACGGUGUUCAAAGGUGCUGCUCACUGGCGUUGCCGGAGGAAGCUGUCAACAGACCCGACACGCCGGAGCAGUUGUCAGUGGCGUCGCCGGUGACAUGCGCAGCUGCCGUAGCGGCCGCUGCGGCAUGUAGAGUCUGCGCCGAGGAGGCUUUGGUGGAGCAGGCCAAUCGCUUGGCCUUGAUGGAGGCCCGGUGUCGGGUGCGCACGGCUUGCAGCCAGGCUGCUUGUGCAGCCGUGGCUAGCCUUCGGCGGGAAAUCGGUCAGGAUACAAGUGGACCACGCCCAGCAAGCAUCACAGAGAUCUUUCAAGCGGCAGAAUUCGAAGCAGAGCAGCAGACCAAGGAACUACAAGUGCUGUGGGAAGAGCUGGAGAAGGGUCGUGGUAUUCUGGCAAGUUGGUCUACUGUUGCAGGGCCGGUCCGCAGAUCCGAAUGCGAUGGCCACGCAGCGAUGCUCUCCACGUCAGAUUGGGUCAGACUCGAAGAUGGUCAGCACAUCAACGACUCCCUGCUGGACUUCUUUAUGAAUCGGCUUGUUCAAGUUCUCGGUGGGUGGCGAGUCCACACUUUCAGCUCCCACUUCUUCGCGAUGCUGGCGGGCCCACAUCUGGAGAUGGAGCCUGGUGAAAGCGAUCACGGAUGGACAAGAGUUCGCACUUGGACACGUGGUGUUCGCCGACGACAUCCUACAGGAAUCUUUGCUUGUGACUACUUGCUAUUGCCUUUGCACCAUGAAGCCGAGCGCCACUGGUCUCUCGCCGUGGUCUGCAGACCAUGGGCAGCUGUUGACAUCUAUGAGGAUCUCCAGUUGAUGACCACCGUUGCUUUCCUGGAUUCUUUGCGCUCCCCCGCCAACGAAAAGCACGAGGUGGUCGCAUUGCAGAAGCUGAAGCAAUACCUGAGAUCAGAAUGGAUGGAUUGUGCUGGUCCCCUGGGCAGUUGCUUUGAUGAGCAACGCGUGCAGGCUGUGACAAUCAAUGUUCCGCAGCAGUCCAACUUCUCCGAUUGUGGCAUUUAUGUGCUCUGCUCAGGGCACGUGGGAGGUUGCGUUUCCUUCUGA